CCGCCCCUGCCACGUCCCAAGCCCGUCCCCGCUAGGGGCGGUGCCCGCGAGGCUAGGGCUGGCCACGGUGGCCCGACCCUUCCCGCUUCCUCGCCAGCCUGCCUGAGGGAGGGGUAACGGCAGCUGUGUCCAGAUGGAGAGGACGGAGACCCGGCAGAGGAGGCCAGAGGAGCUGGGGCUCCCCCACACUCUCAUCGCAGGAAGAGUUACUGCAUCCUCGGAGAAGGGAGCUCUCAUUGCUCCCGAGAGCCCAAGGCUUGUUGCUAAACCCGUGGGGCCUGACCUCUGCAAGGAGACCACCUGGUCCAUUGCCCGUCAGGUGACAGUGCCCUUCAUGUUCUCCGGCCUGGGCAUGUCUGGGGCCGGCAUGCUUUUGAACUAUUACCAGCACUGGCCCGUGUUCACGGAAGUGCAAGACCUUCUGACCUUGGUGCCCUCCCUGGUGGGCCUAAAGGGGAACCUGGAGAUGACAUUGGCAUCGCGACUGUCCACCGCAGCCAACACCGGCCAGAUUGAUGACCCCCGGGAGAAGCACAGAGUCAUCAGCAGUAACCUGGCCCUCAUUCAGGUGCAGGCCACCGUGGUGGGGCUCUUGGCCGCGCUGGCCGCACUGCUGCUGGGCGCCGUGUCCCGGGACGAGCUGGACCUGGCCAAGGUGGAGCUGCUGUGCGCCAGCAGCGUCCUCACCGCCUUUCUCGCCGCCUUUACCCUCGGCAUGCUAAUGAUCUGCAUAGUGAUUGGCGCCCGGAAGUUGGGGGUCAACCCCGACAACAUCGCCACCCCCAUCGCAGCCAGCCUGGGAGACCUGGUCACCCUGUCCAUCCUGGCGCUGGUCAGCAGCUUCUUCUAUAAACACAAAGACACCCGGUACCUGCGGCCGCUGGUCUGCGUGUGCUUCACCGCCCUGACCCCCGUGUGGGUGCUCAUCGCCAGGCAGAGUCCCCCCAUCCUGAAGAUCCUGAAGUUUGGGUGGGUCCCCAUCAUCCUGGCCAUGGUCAUCAGCAGCUUCGGGGGGCUCAUCCUCAACAAGACCAUCUCCAAGCAGCCCUACAAAGGCAUGGCCAUAUUCACUCCCAUCAUCUGUGGUGUUGGUGGCAAUCUGGUGGCCAUUCAGACCAGCCGCAUCUCCACCUACCUGCACAUGUGGAGCACACCUGGAGUCCUGCCCCUCUGGAUGAAGAAGUUCUGGCCUAACCCAUGCUCUACGUUCUGCACCUCAGAAACCAAUUCCAUGUCAGCCCGGGUCCUGCUCUUCCUGGUGGUUCCAGGCCACCUGAUUUUCUUCUACAUCAUCUACCUGGUGGAGGGCCACUGGGUCACCAGCAGCACCGUCUUUGUGGUGCUCUACCUGCUGGCGGGCCUCAUCCAGGUGGCGAUCCUGCUGUACCUGGCGGACGUGCUGGUUCGGCUGAUGUGGCACCAGGCGCUGGACCCUGACAACCACUGCAUCCCCUACCUCACGGGGCUGGGGGACCUGCUUGGGACGGGCCUCCUGGCCCUGUGCUUCCUUGUCAGCUGGCUGUGGAGGAGCAAGGCGGAACUGGAGGGCAUCUCGGGCGCGGCGGGUCCCCCCUAAAGAUCCAGACGGCCGGCUUGUACCAGGGAGUGUGCCCUCAGACC